AUCGCCAUAUUUAAUUUCACGAAUUAUUAGCAGCUCGGGAAGUCUUUUGGUCGUCUUGACAGUAAUUAAAUUUCAUUUUAGAAAUGUUAUUGCAAUUCUAAGACUUUAAAACUAAUUAUAAACCGAAGAAAGGGUUAUUCAAGAAUUGUUUCUAUAACUUCGUUUAUGCUGACCAGGUUAAGGUAUGGCCAUAAUUCUACGACUUCAAGGACUGCCAUGGUCUGCCAGUGCAUCAGACAUUCGACAGUACUUCUCUGGCCUUAACAUCCCUGAUGGUGGAGUACACAUUGUUGGAGGUGAAGAGGGUGAUGUGUUCAUAGCCUUCGCAACUGAUGAAGAUGCUAGACAAGCAAUGAGACGGCAAAAGGAACCGUUGAUGGGGAUGCGUGUUAUGAUUCUUCUUAGUAGUAAAUCUGAAAUGCAGGAAGUGAUUGCAAAAAGCCGGCAGGCCCAAGGAAGGGAUCCAUUCCAAGUAGAUGCCCAAAGUGUUACAAAAGAAAGUCCUGCAGCCAUUGAUGCUGCUCCUUCAGCGGUUAAAAAUGAUUAUUCUGGGCAACAGACAUAUGAUAGAAGAGACAUGAGUUUUGCUUCACCGAUGUCACCUGAUCCUUCUCAGGGAGGACGACCGAUUACAGGAGACGCUUUUCAAGACCGCAGAAUGUCUGACCAAGAGGCACGAAACAGAAAAUAUGAAACUCCAUUUGAUGAUCCUUAUCCUCCUAGAGGAAUAGUCCCAGAAAACGGUUCGUUCGGCCAUGCAGAAGGCAGGUCAAGAGAGUACCAAGACCAAGAUACACGAACUCCACGACAGGCAUGGCAGCGUGACGCCUAUCCAGAUGGAAAAAGAGAUGCCGGCCAAACUAGUUUCAUUGAUUCACACCAGCCUUAUUACUCAGAUCCACCUCGAGGUGAUGGCCUUCUUGGAGAUGUUCCUGGUCAUCGAAUUGCAUCGCAACCUCCAAGAGCACCACCUUCACAUGACCAGAGUUGGCCAAGAGGUGAUCCUCGAAACAAAGACCCUUUCACACCUGAUCAUAGCAGAGACAAUCCUACAGAUGGACCCUCGGUGCCAUUCAGUCAGCGUGGAAGAGAAGACCCUAUGCAAUUAGGCCAAAGAUAUGGCAGGCCAACUCAUCCACAGGAUCCAUUUGAAGGUGCUGGAAGAGACUUUGUACGGGGUGAGUAUGCACAUGAGCCAGGAAGAGAAGGACGUCCUCUACGAGAUAGAAAUUUUGGACCUCCAAAAGAAGGACCACUUGUACCAGAUGAUCCUAGUUUACCACAUGACAUCGCUUAUCAACACGAGCUGGAAGAGUCACUUUCGGUGUACCUUAAAGGAUUGCCAUUUACUGUAAAGGAACAUGAAGUUGUUGACUUCUUUCGUGGAUUGCGCAUUGCUCGUGAUGGAAUCAAAUUUGUGAUUGAUCCACGUGGAAGAAUAACUGGUGAGGGAUUUGUCAAAUUUGUCUCUAAGCGGGAUAAUGUUGAAGCCUUAAAAAGACACAAAAGCUAUAUGACUAAUCGAUUUAUUGAAGUCAUUCCAUGUACAGAAGCUGAAUAUCAGUCAAUGAAGCCACCACGGUCUGUAUUGCCUCCAGAUAGGCUUGGACCUGAAGGACCUCCUCCAAGAGGUAGAGAAAUGUUUCGAAGGGAUGAAAAUCGUGGUAUUCCUGGUCUUCUAGAUAUUCCAACUCAAGAGCCUUUCACACCUCAAGAUAGAGACCAUCGAAGAGAUAUGCCUCCUGGUGGAAGGGAUGGACCUGGUAAUUUUCAGCAGAGAAACAGAGGACCUGGUGGUCCUUAUUUUAGAGAUCAUGAAGGAGGGCCAGGAAGAGAAGGCUUUCAUCCAGGCAGCAGAGAAGGAGGCCCAAUUGGAAGAGAGAGGGGUCCUGGUAUGCCCCACCCACGAUUUAGGGAUGAGGAUGAAAAUCCCAUGGAGGCAGGUAUGCCAGGUGUUUUACAUGGAAAAAGAGGCCAGCCAACUGGACGUUACGGUGGAGACAGAAUGGAGUUUGAUGAAUUUGGCAAUAGAAUCCCUGCAGAUUUACAUGGCAGACCUGAAAUGCCUCUUGGAAGGCUUCCAGCACCAUUUGAGAGAGACUCAGGACGACAAAUUGGCCCAAUGGGCAGGGAUGUUAGAGCUCCAGAAGGUAAAUAUGAGUGGGAAAGAGGAAGGCCAGAGGCACCCUUUGAAAAGGAUCAUGGGCGUGCACCAGGUUAUUUUGACAGGGAACGUGGGCGCCCAGAUGGACCCAUGUUCGAAAGGGACAGAGGAAGAUUAGAAGGUCAGUUUGAAAGAGACUAUAGGCAUCCAGGUGGUCCAACAGAUAGGGAUGGUGGAUUUGACAGGGAACGAAAGCGGCCUGAACGUCCAGGUGAAAAAGACAAGGGAAGGUCUGAUGGUCCAAGUGAAAAGGAAAAGCAAAGCAGAUUAAGCCAAAGAGAACCAGAGAAUCUGCAAAGCCGAACAACUACACCAGAUAUGAGAGACAAAGUACCAACUUCAGAAACCAGUUAUGUACGGAAUAAAGAUAGAGAUAGAGGCAGUUCUGACCGUGGAUCUUCUAGAGAAAGAAAUAGAUCUGACAGAACAAGAUCAAAAGAAGGAAGGGACAAAAAUAGCUCUGGUGAUGAGCGUUCUAAAGAUAGAGUACCAACUAGAGAUAAGCAUGUUCAUAAUGGACCAUAUACUACCCGUAAUGAUCAUUCUGACAGGGAUCGAAGAAGGUCACCAUCAAAAUCAUCUCGUUCACAUCGUGACAGGUCACGAUCCCCAAUUCGAAGCAUGUGUGUAGAAAUAAAAGGAAUUCCAUUUGAAUGCCAGACUGAAGAUAUAUACCAGUUCUUCAAAGGAUUACAAGUUGCUUCAGAAGGCGUAUUCAUACCAUAUGAUAGCAAGACUGGGAAAACCACAGGACAAUGCUAUGUUAACUUUGCUUCAGAGCAAGAUGCACAAAAUGCAUGCAAAAAAACAGGGAGCACUAUUGGUCAUAAUGUUAUCGAUAUCUACAAUAUCCCUAAAGAGAUCAUGGAAGUAAGAGUAAAAGAGUAUAAGAAACGAUUGAUGGAUAGUACCACCUCAUCAGCUAAAGUCACACCUGUCACUAAUUCACCGCAGAAACAAACUGAGAAUGGUAAAAAAGCAGAGCAGUGUAAUGUAGUGAAGAUGGAGAACGUACCGUAUGUGUGUACUCUGGAUGAAAUAUUCUCGUUCUUUAAUGGUUGCCAAAUUGCACGAAGAGGGAUCAAUUUUAUUCGACAUGUGGAUGGCAUAAAUGCUGGAAAAUCAACUGGGGUUGUCUUUGUGGAAUUUGUAAAUGAAUCAGAUGCUACUAGAGCUAAAGCUCGCAAUGAAAAUCCCAUAAGAGGAAGGAAUAUAACAGUAACUGCUGCAAGUCGUGAGGCCUUUGAAGAAGCCAUUGCAAAUCAAGCUAAUCGUUUAAAUGAUAGAAGACAAGUCAAUAGAGAUUCAGAUGACAGAAUUCCCCAUUCAGGACCACAACGACAUGGUCCUAGUGGACCACAACCUUUAAUGCCAAGGUUUGGAGGGCCAUUACAUAUGAGACCAGGCAUGGGGCCUCCAAGGUUAUCACGACCAGGUAGGCCUGGUUUGGUACAGGGAGGACCUCCCAGACAGCCUCAUAGUGGUCCUCGCAUGCCUGGUGAAGAAAAGAAAGGUCCACCAGAAGUGAACAUCCAGAAGCUUGGCAACAAUAACUGUGUCAUCGGUAUUACCAAUCUGCCUAUAGAUAUUGGCAUACCGGCCAUCUUAAAUUUCUUCCAGGAUUUCUCACCCCUUCCAAACUCUGUUAGGCUGCAUUUCAGCAACUCUGGUCAGCCCACAGGAGAUGCCCUGAUUGCAUUCCCAACGCCAAUGCUAACUAGGUCUGCCUUGGAAGAGCUGAAUGGUGCUAUGUAUGGAGGGAGGCCAAUUGGUCUAAAGCUUACACAGCCCCCACCUGGUGUUAUGUGAGAUGUCAACCCAAACUACCAUCCAGCUACAAUACCUUGAUACUGUACUGUAAUAUCAGCAUUGUCAAAUUAAUUCUUCCACGUUUUUUAAAAUAUGUUUGAUGUUGUGUACGGUUAACAACACUAUAAUCAGUUCAUCAAAAUUUUUUUCCCAACAUCAUAAAACAUCCAUGAUAUAAUAACAGAUGCUACAUACAGUAAUAUGAAAUCAGUGUUUAGGGAAUAGGAAUGAAGAGGCUAGAGCAGUGAAGUUACAGCUAAGAAAGUUGAAUAGUUUUGUUUCUAUUUGGUCAUUACAGUAUGUAUUCCAGGUUGAAUUAAUCUUUAUUUUCUAUUGGCUUGUUAUUUUUUAUGCACAUAUUAACCUAUAGCAACGGGGCCUAUCAUCCUCAAAAAGUAUCCCCUUCUAAUUCAGAAAAGCAAGCAUACAGCCAAGGGUACAACCAAGGGGACAACCUUCUUCAUCUCUGCUUGUUAAAUGAAUAAGUUCGUGGACCCACCCAUAGUAUUGGUACAUGCAUCCAAUUACACCUUAUGAAAUAUGGGUGGUCUGUCCACCAAAAUUUGUUAUUUUGAGAAUAUUGAUACUCAACAACUCACCCUCAAAUUCAACUUCACCUUUGAGACAAUGAAAAUGUAGGGUGGUCUUGGGUUUCAAUUUCCAAUUGAUGAGAUAGAUUUGUGUCAAUAGGUUGAAGAUGCUGCUUGCAUAGUCUCUAAAUUAGAGGGGUCUUUGAAUUUUAUAGGCCUUGAAUUAAAGGAUGAACUCUAGUUGAAAAAAAUAAUCUUUGCAUUUGUUGCCUGAAUUGAACCCAAUUUAAUAGCAAUUGAGAGAAGCAUCUUUACCAACAAACCACAAUUUGUUUUUAAUGCAAAUCAUAUUUUGAAAACAACCUUAAAAUUAUUUUAACAUGCUGAAACUGUUACUGUACUUUGUCAUCACACCAAAUUUUAAAGGUGGUCUUAAAAAGUCUUAUUACUGAAAAUAAGCAGCCAUGGUCAGUAUAAUUUUAACAUAUAUUUUUAUUUCUAUAACAUGUUGCUAUCUUCAUCCUUAAAUGGUGAAGAAACCACCUUAUCUAAAAUACCGUAUUUAUUUGAAUAAAUACUCCAGGACAUUUAUUAUUCAGUAGGUAACACCUGGGGCGUUUAUUGAAGGGAAGCAUUAAUUCAAAGCAGGGCAUUUAUUCAAAUAAAUACGGUAAUCUAAAACGAAAAUAGAUAAGCAAACAUUCUACUUAUUAAAAACAUCAUAAAAAAAGGGACUAUUGUAAAUAUAACGAAUUGUAAAUAGUGCUUUAUUUCAUUGGUUAUCAUUGAUACUGUAUUACUGUUUAUGUUAUUGUUUUUUUUUAUCACUGAUAGCAAUUUGGUUUUUAGUAUCUACCCACUAAUUUUUAUCACAACAGAAAUUAAAUGUAAAUAGUUUUAGGUGUUUGAAAAUCUGUAAUUUUAAAGUUAUGAAUGUUAUCAUAAUAACUGUUAAAAUGUGACUUGGAAACAGUAAACAAUGCUAUUAACUGAUCAUUUAGUUAUACACACAAUUAGGAGCAAAUGGGUAGUUACCUGCAAUUUAGUUUGAAAAAAACAAAAGUUUUUACUUAUUUUGUGUUAGUGGAAAGUGAUUUAAAGUGAUAUGUACAUAAUUCUCCUUUUUUGAUCUUCAAAAUAUAUAGGUCAUUCCUUUGCCUUCACCAUACUUUAAAUUAAUUGAAUGUCUUUUUUGGGACUGUAUAUUAAUGCUGUAUUGUGCUAUUGAAAUAUAAAUUUUGAAAAAGAAAAAUCAUAAAAACGUUAUUGCAUUUCAAUAAAAAACAUAAUUGUUCUAGACUUGCAAGUUAUACAUGAUUUAAAGAAUUAAGCUUUGUUUAUUUUACAUGUGGAAAGUACAUGAUGCAAGAUAGGAUGAGAAGCUUUGUUUGUUUUUUUUGUGUUUUUACAUGACCCAACCAACAUCAGAAGUACAGUACCUGUAAUUACAAAAACUGGGGCAUGGUGUUGCUAUAGUAACUGAAGCAAUUUAAUCAAGAAAUCAAUAAAUGUAGCAAUUUCAGAAUGUUUUAAACUGUCACGUUUGUGUAGUCAAUAAAUCAGAGUUGAUUUGAGUCAUA